GGGUGAUAAUGACCUACCUUCAUUUUUGUCAACAUCAACAAUUAUUCACCAGAGACCUUGUGUUCGCAUUUUUGGAUGGUGUUAUUAAAAAAUGAUACAGAAAAAUAAGAAUUUGUACUCGCAAAUGUCCAUGUUUCCAUAGGUUGAGAUGGUAAGAAACUAAUCACAGUAUGCAAAGUCAGUGCCGAUGCCAGAUGCCCACAGAUCUGCAUGUUUUCAGUGAUACCACAAUCCCUACUAUACAGCACGACCGACUCCGGCGUCCUACUCCAAUCCCACCCCCACGACCUGGUCAUAUCGGUGUACGAGGACGCCGCGCUCUUCCCUCUGCUGCCAAUAGCUGACGACGACUCGGACGCGAGGCUCACAGGACACAGGACCAAGGACUACUACGGCAGGAGUACCAAGAGGGAGGAUAUGAAUAUGGAGAUCACUUCGCCUGUCGUUGGGUUUCAGUUAAGAAACGUAUCUCUCCGCGGAGAGCUACUGGAGCCUAUAAUAGCGACAGUCCGCGCGCGCUCGGUGGGCGGCGUGGACGGACGCGCGGCCGUCUGGGACCCGCUCACUAGGCGGUGGCAGGAUAAUACUACUGAUUGCAAAGUAUCCCACGUGAUAUCAGAAAUGAUUAUAAUCAGCUGUAGCCGCCUCGCCUACGUAGGCCUGCUACAGAACGUAGAGACCGGCAUCUACGGCGCCCGGACCGACGGCGCCAGGUUCAAGGUAUCGCACCCCGCUGUGUACGUCGGCAGUCUCAUACUCAUAGGCUGCGUCAGCUGCGCGACCCUCACCUACAUCAUGUGCUACCCCGCCAUACAGAUGCCCAAGAAAACCAAACACGCCCUCAUCAACACUUGGAUAGCUAUAGGGCUACUCUGCUACAUGUAUACCCUAGGCAUCUAUCAGACUGAAGACGUCAAACUCUGUCAGAUUCUUGGGCUUUUAAUACAUUAUUUAUCCCUAUCCUGUUUGCUGUGGAUGUGUGUGUCUGCUAGCAACAUGUAUAAGUGGGUCACUAAGACCCACAACCCUGUGAGGACUCCUGAAGAUGAUUUACCUCCUGACGUGCCUGUUCAGAAGCCGAUACUAGGGUUGUACCUCGUCGGUUGGGGUAUAGCUUUGAUUGUCUGCGGGAUAUCAGGGGCUGUUAAUUUAAAGGACUAUGCAGGUUAUUCACAGUGUUUCCUAAGUACUGCCCCAGCGUUAAGUGCGUUGUUUGUUCCUGGUGGGAUUCUAUUAAUGUUUUUGUUAAUAUUAUUCCUGUUGAUACGGUGUACGAUCAGGAAUAUGAAUGUGCAGUUGUCUGAAGGUACUCAGGCGACGGAGAAUGUUGAUCUGGAAAUGUGGGAGCCCCAGAGUAAUGAGAGAGCGGAGAGGAGAAGCGUUAAAUCAACUUUGGACUCUGAAGUUGAAGAUAUCGAGCAUACGCCCAUCAUCCAGUUGAGGGCUCAGGUCAUUGUCAUGUGUCUGUACAUGUCCGUGUGGUCCUGUGGGGCCAUCGCCGUGUACAGACCCCUGCCAGCUUACUUACCGUAUCAAGAAGAUAUCUGCAGCAUAGUCUACGCAGUCUGCUCUACAGUUCUAGGCACCUUUAUUCUCUUCUUCUAUGGCAUUGCUAGAAGUGACGUCAGAGCACAAUGGUCCAUGAUGCAUUGUUACUUACAGAGAAGUAAGCAGUGCUGCAGGAAUAGAAGCGUUUUCGAUGCGAACCAGCAAAACUUGCCGCCGACACAGACGGCCACGCCCCCCAUACAGCCGAUACCCAAUGACAACAGAUCUAACUCUGGAAGCAGGAGUUCGAAUAGAACUAAUUCUAAGACGAACAACAGCGGAACUUAUAAAGCCGCAGCUGAACUAAACGGACAGACCUUACAGAAAGAUACACUGAAAAAUACUAACGGGAAAACCCCUAACAUCAACCUAGUGGUUCUACAUCGACAGCAAUACAGAUCAAACAACUCUAUGAUGACAUACCCUGAGAAUGGGUCGGUGGGACCCGAGAUAUUCUACAACCCGAACCAAAUGAAUGUCGCUAAGAAGUUCUUCAAGAAACAGAGGCAGAAUAUGAAGAGAAAUUGCCUAGAACUACCGACCAGGCGAGACUGCGACAAUGAUUCACAUUUCUCGCUACCUCUACCAACUAAAGAAGCUUAUAAUGGUGUAGCCAACAUAAUAAACUCGGGUUCUAAGGUCAACAACACAAACAUACACGUCGAGAGAUCUAACAACGGUAUAAAAGAAACAAGAAAUGUGUUGAACCCGAACCUUUUAGAGGAAGACUCGAAAGAUUACAAGAGUUACUCCACGGAUCGUAAGUCGUGGAACAAAAACGAGGAUCCUAAACCGAGCAGGGGUCAAAUAAUGAACAUAUACACGAAUGUCCCGGAAACUUUGGUGCCCCAACAUCAAGUGAUCAAAGCAAAUGUUCCGAAAAACUUUAACGGACAACGUAGCAGUGUGUCAGAGGAAUGUUUACAGAGUCACGCCAGUGAACAGCCUGAAAUGAGGACGAUAUCCCAGCAGUGCAGCUUGGAGUACAGCUCUGCAUCAGAGAUAGCCAUGCCGCACACAUGCUCAGAUCAAACACUAAACACCCAUUCUGAGUUAACCUCUUUCCAGGAAACUCACAGUGCCUUAUGUUCAACCAACGAAAUCACAGACACUGGUUUCGGGCAGUACAUAGACUACUUGCAACCAGGCAAGCAGGAUAAGGAAAACGUCGUAGACAAAUCUCUACAGGACAUUUCUGAAGAGUGUACCAUGAACUCGGAUGACAUUAACAGGUCUAGCACGCCGCAGCAUUUAGACGCAGUGUCCGGCGAACUAGAUAACCUCCUACAAAAUCAAGAUAGAGAAGGGUCCAAAGAGAAAAUGGACGAUGAUAAAGAUACAUUCUUCAUGGCAAAGACGACGUACGACUUUGAAACGUGCAGCACGAACGCCAGCGAACAAGGCUUUGAGAACGAAAGCGAUAUUUACUGCCCUAACUACCAAAUGUCCGAAGUCAGUAUUCGGAGUCACGGCUUGUACGCGCCCUCGCCAUCAUCCAUGUGUCCAAACGAGAUCAGCUUCAGCAACGAGGACGUCUCGAACAUCGAGAGCCAGUACGUUAACUACGACCCUGGAUGGCGUAAAACAAUAAAGAGCAAUCCAAAGUUAGGAAAGUAUGUUCCAACACCAGCGUUAAGCUGUCCUGAAGUCAACAGGGACAGUAGUCCGGUGUCGUUCGCGAGCGAGAUAGAUGAACUUUAUACUCAGAUAACGAGUAGAGAGAGGGAGCGGGACAGAGACAGGACGCCGCGCAAGGAGGCGGGGCUAGACGUGACGUUGAACAGUGACGUCACGCUGAAGCCUGACAGUGACAGUUGUGUGAGCGAAGCUGUUUCGGAUGUUGAAAUGAAAGGGGAAACUACAGUGUAGCUAUAGUGUAUGGUUCUAAAGACAAUCUGAUACCUGAUGUAGGUAGUCACAAAGCCUUCGGUUAGUGUUUUCGAAUAAUUUAUGUGAACUAUUGUUGUGUUAUCAAAGGUAUACUGUUAUAUAUGAGCCAGAAAGAUAUUAUUCAAUUGUGAGCAGCUAUUACACGUUUAACACUUUAUUAUAGUGCGUGCUAGAUAUUAAUAACUAAUAUACGUUUUGUAAAUACAAGUUUCUUAUGACAUAGUUGAUCUUUUGAUUGUAUAGAAUCGGAGUUGUGGUUGAGAUUUUGUUUUAGAAUUACUAUUUCUUUCUAUUUAAUCUCUGCUGCAUUAUUGACUGAAGUAUUAACGAUGACAACCAGUUUGUGCCAUUUGAUACUUGCUUGCGAAAGUUGUUUUAAAAAUGUAUGAACCCAUUCGUAAAACAGGGGUCUACCGGCAUGUGUUAAAUGUAAUAUUACUGAGCACGUGGAAAGAUUUGCCGCUCUACACCGUGUCCUGCUCAGUCACGCUUCCAAAAGCAUAAUAUUAUUAAUUUAAGGCAUGGUGUAGACCCCGUUACGUGACGAAAAUGAGUUAUACUCGACAAUUAUCAAUGAUUCAAUUACGUAUUUAAGCUCAAGGGGUUUUAACUGAAGAGGUUGGAUGUCUGAGACAUCUAUGACGUCAUAGACAAAGAUUGUCAUAUAAAAAUAUUUAAGAAAAAAUCUGACAGUUCCACAUUCAUGUGAAACUAUUACGGAUUUUAUUAAAUACCGAUAACAUUU